AAGAGGAGCCAAGAUGUCUGCGCCCAUGUAACGCCGGUGGCAGAGAUUGACUCCUUCCUCUGUUCCGGGACCCGGUGCUACCGGCUGACUCCGAGGGCUAUGCUGGGCCGGACUCUCCGAGAAGUUUCUGCGGCACUGAAGCAGGGCCAGGUUACACCAACAGAGCUCUGCAAGAACUGUCUCUCCCUCAUCAAGAAAACCAAGUAUCUAAAUGCUUACAUUACUGUAUCAGAAGAGGUCGCUUUAAAGCAAGCUGAAGAAUCAGAGAAAAGAUACAAGCAAGGUCAGUCUCUUGGAGAUUUAGAUGGAAUUCCUGUUGCUGUGAAAGACAACUUUAGCACAACUGGCAUUGAGACAACAUGUGCAUCAAAUAUGUUAAAAGGUUACGUACCACCUUACAAUGCUACAGUAGUUCAGAAGCUGUUGGAUCAGGGUGCCCUACUCAUGGGGAAAACAAAUUUAGAUGAGUUUGCUAUGGGGUCUGGAAGCACAGAUGGUGUGUUUGGGCCAGUUAGAAACCCCUGGACUUACUCGAAGCAGUACAGAGAGAGAAGCCGGCAGGAUGCAGGUGAUGAUUCCCACUGGCUGAUCACUGGCGGAAGCUCGGGCGGCAGCGCAGCAGCCGUGGCCGCGUUCACCUGCUUUGCGGCUCUCGGAUCGGACACUGGUGGGUCCACCAGGAACCCUGCUGCCCACUGUGGGAUUGUUGGUUUCAAACCAAGCUAUGGCUUGGUUUCACGGCACGGCCUUAUUCCCCUGGUGAAUUCAAUGGACGUGCCAGGAAUCCUCACCAGAUGUGUGGACGACACAGCAAUUGUGUUAGGUACACUGGCUGGACAUGACCCCAAAGAUUCCACCACAGUGAGAAACCCUGCUCAGCCGGCCUCGGUUCCCGGCGGGAUGGAUGUGAGCAGGCUGUGUAUAGGAAUCCCAAAGGAAUAUCUAGUACCAGAAUUGUCAAGUGAAGUACGGUCUCUCUGGUCCCAAGCUGCUGACCUCUUUGAGUCUGAAGGAGCCAAAGUGAUUGAGGUGUCUCUGCCACACACCUGUUACUCAAUUGUCUGCUACCAUGUCCUGUGCACAUCAGAAGUAGCAUCGAAUAUGGCAAGAUUUGAUGGGCUCCAGUAUGGUCAUAGGUCUGGUGUUGAUGUGUCCACUGAAGCCAUGUACGCCGCAACCAGACAGGAAGGCUUCAAUGAUGUGGUGAGAGGAAGAAUUCUCUCAGGAAACUUUUUCUUAUUAAAAGAAAAUUAUGAGAAUUAUUUCGUCAAGGCACAGAAAGUGAGGCGCCUCAUUGUGAAGGAUUUUGUGGAUGUUUUUGAGUCUGGGGUGGAUGUCCUGCUAACCCCCACCACCCUGACUGAGGCAGUGCCGUACCUGGAGUUCAUCAAAGAAGACAACAGGACACGCAGCGCCCAGGAUGAUAUUUUCACUCAAGCUGUCAAUAUGGCAGGCUUGCCAGCAGUGAGUGUCCCUGUGGCCCUCUCAAACCAAGGGCUGCCAAUAGGACUGCAGUUAAUUGGACGUGCAUUUUGUGACCAGCAACUUCUGACAGUUGCCAAGUGGUUUGAAAAACAAGUACAGUUUCCUGUUAUUCAACUGCAGGGCCUCAUGGAUGAUGGCUCGUUGGUUCUUGAAAAUGGAAAGUUAACGUCUGCUUCUCUGACCCAGAGAUGAUCAGAAUCUCGUGCAGUUGCCUGGUGGUAGGAUGCUGGGAUCUUACGCUGGCCUCAGGCUUGCUCUCUGCCACUGGACUGAUCCCCACCUCUGUAUCAUGCAGUUAAAAUGCCCCUUAGAAGUGCUGUUCUCUGAGUGUCGGUGAUCUCAUUCAGCCCUGUGAUCAGGGUCACUGUCAACCCUGUCUGUCCUGGGAAUCAUUUGUUCAAAUCCCUAUGAUGCUGUAAAUUGUAAUGUUGUAUACAUUGUAUAUUGUAACUAUGGUAUUCUAUAUUAAAAUGUUCUAUAAACCU